AUGGUUUUCCCUAAAGCAGUGUGGUUUGGGUUUAUUCCUCUGGUUAUUUGCUACACUGAGAGCCAGCCGGGAUUCACAGCCCUCUAUGAGGACUUGAUGGAAAUCGACUCACUGCUUCAUGAGAGACAGAAAAGAGAAGCUCCAACAAAUGAUUAUGAGUUCCAAGCUGUGUUGGGCCUUUCUGAGCUGGAGGUUCUUGAACUGUUUCUGAAUAACCCCAGUUUCCCCAUACUGAUCAACGGCACAAGUCAGAUUUCCAGUAUGGACACCACAACAGUGUGCUCACCUCACAUAGCUGGGUACCUGUGUGUGUGUGAGGAGAACUUUGCCUGGUCUAAUAACACCUGCAUUGCAUAUGGAGUGUGUGACGUCAUGCGUGGUGACACAUGUGGCUGCAUUAAUGACCUGCCAGCUGAUGGUCAGUUCUGCCAGCUGAACAGCAGCCAAACAGACGCUGCGGACAUCAAUGUGGGCAUUGUCUUGUUCAUCCCAACCUCUAGUGUUUCGUCAAGUAUAUUCAGCUCCUUCAGAAGUGCUCUGCAAAACAUUUCCUUCCCAUUAGCCCUCUCUCAGUCUGUGGGAGUGAAAGAGAUGUCCUUCACCACAGCCUGUGAUCCAAACUCUGCUAAUGGGCUCCAGUGUCAGUGUGAGAGCGGCUUUGCUUGGCCAUGUGACACGUGUAACAGCAGCAACUCAUGUAACAAUCAGACCUGUACAUGUUUAUAUGGACUUCCUCCCAAUGACGAGUUCUGUCAGCCCGUUACAAACGCCUCUAAGUGCGAUUCAACUCCUCCACCUCCCACAGAUGAAGAAGUUAACACCACGACUGUAUUUGCUGGGGAAGAAAUGACAGUAACCUGUGGCCCUCCUCCUGAAGAACUCAGUUUUGGUUUGGUCAAAAGCGUAGAGUGGACACACAUGGGUAGCGUCAUUGAGAAAGGGGUUUCUUUGAAGAAUGGACAGUCAGUCCUAAAACUGCCUUCUUUUUUUCCACUGAAUAAUGGGAUUUACGUCUGUAAGUUAAAACGGGGAGAUAAUUCAACUUUCAAACAGAGCAUAAAUGCCAAAGCCAUUCCGAUCCCUCAAAUCAUCGUGAAUCCAGUUAACAUGUCAGUGGAAUGUGAGAAACAACACUCUGUGUCACUGAACUGCUUUGUCAACAAUGGCUACACGGUUACAUUUCUGAACACAGAUGUCAAGGAAGGAUCUAAUGUCACCCAUAAGUAUAAAGUGGAAAAUUGUUCAAUUACAAAGAUCUUCACCUGCGAAUCCAAAAACUCAUCAAAAUUUACAAAGAAUAUCACACUGAUGUUAUAUCCAUCAAACAAUAUUAAAUGUAGAGAUGACACGUUUGGUAACGGACCGGUAGGUUUUGUGGCUAAGUUGGGCUGCAAAGAGGGGAAAGUGGGAGAAAUAACGGCAGUUUGUCAGGAGACUGGUAACUAUGGACAGAUCCAAGACAACUGUGUCUUAGAAGUUGUGAAGAACCUGCUGGAUCAGUCUGAGGUUUUGGAUGAACUCACUCUUCCACUGUUCUUAGAGCAACUCAGCAAUGUGACUGUCAACUUCACUGAUGCAAUAACUGACUCUCCAGCCAACAUUGACGCCAUCGUGAGGAUCCUUAGUAAUGUAGCAAAUUUAUCAUCAUCAUUAGGAAUUAAAAUAGAGCAAGAUUUGAUGAGGAACAUCCUGGAAACUGCAGGCACUCUCACUAUUGGCAAGGCAAAGACAUCGUGGGAAUCCCUCAACAACAACACAAGAAACACUGAUGAAACAAAAUUAAAAAGUGCCAGCUCUUCACUACUGUACUCCAUUGAAAACAUCACAUCCCAUCUCGUUAACAAGUCCUUCAGCAUUGAAACACCCCAUAUUUGUUUGAACAAAUCUACAUUCGUGAACACCUUCAGUGGCGACUUAAACUCCUCUGUGAAAAUAGACAUACCUGACACUGGUGGAACAAGUCACUCAAUAACUACAAUAGUAUUUUAUUACAUGGAUAAUGUGCUUCCUGCAAGGGAUAAAAGCAAUUCAUCAUCCAAAGUUAUCAAUGGAAAGGUUGCACUUAUUUGGCCCGAAAACAAAAUCACAAAUAUUUCUUUAGCAUUUGAUGUUCUACACGAUAAGUUGAGAAAUCCUGAAUGUGUUUUCUGGGAUUUCAGUCUCUUUGGCGGUCUUGGAGGAUGGAAUGAUGAUGGCUGCAUGCUAGUAUUUAAUGAAAAUGGAACGAUCAGCUGCCACUGCAACCACACCACCACGUUUUCUAUUCUCAUGUCACCCAACAGUCAUGAUAAUUUUAUAUUAGCCUACAUAACAUACAAUGGAGUUGCGUGUUCCAUUGUUUCCUUGAUUAUAUGUCUCAUCAUUGAAGGCAUAAUUUGGAAAUCAAUUGGGGACAACAUGACAUCGUACUUUCGUCACGUCUCCAUCGUCAACAUCGCUCUGUCCCUACUGAUUGCAGACAUUUGGUUCAUUAUUGGAGCGGUCAUUUCAGAUGCAGACCAGAAGAACCCUCCAGCCUGCACAGCCACUACCUUUUUCAUCCACUUUUUCUACCUGGCUCUGUUCUUCUGGAUGUUAGCGUCGGCCCUGCUGUUGCUCUACCGGACUUUCAAUGUCUUUGAUGGAGGUCUGUCUAAAAGAGCCAUGCUGAUCAUUGGAUUCUCUUUGGGAUAUGGAGCACCACUGAUCAUUGCAACAAUAACAAUAGCAGUUACUGCUCCCUCAAAUCACUACACCAGAGAAAAUAAUGUCUGCUGGCUCGCCUGGGAUACGCAUAAAACGUUACUGGCGUUUGUGAUCCCUGCCCUUACAAUAGUGGCUAUAAACUUCAUAAUCCUGACUCUGGUGAUAUCCAAAAUUUUGAGAAGAAGAGUCGGAAUGAUUGGAGCUCAAGCAAGAGAGAGGCAUGCCCUGUUGGUUAUUGUCAGGUGUUCGGCUGUACUAACACCAAUUUUUGGUGUAACUUGGGCUUUGGGAUUCGUAACUAUGGUUUCCCCAGAAAACUUUGGACUCCAUGUUGCAUUUGCAUUAUUAAAUUCACUUCAGGGUUUCUGCAUUCUGUUGUUUGGAACACUGUUGGACAAAAAG